AUGAUUGAUAACGCCGCUGCCUCGGCUCUGUGCUGCUGCCCAGCUGGAAGCAGCAUGCUGCUGCUGGUGCUCCUGGUGCUGGGGCUGCCAGGUCCUGCUGUGUGCCCCAGGACUGAGCCCCUGAGCAGGACCAGCGAUGAGCCCCUGUUCCGUGGGGCCGACCGCUAUGACUUUGCCAUCAUCGUCCACGCUGGCACCACCGAGUGCUUCUGGCAGUUCGCACACCAGAGUGGCAAUUUCUUCUUCAGCUUUGAGGUGCAGCGGGCGACGGGCGUUGCCAACAGCAGAUACAUCCUGGCCACAGCAAGAGACCCCAAUGGCUUCCAGCUCGGCGCCUCCCAGGAUGUGCGAGGACAGAUCAACUUCCUGACCAAGGAGACAGGUUUCUAUCAGCUGUGCCUGGACAAUGGGCAAAAUCACUUUGGCUUUGUGCAGGUGUAUCUCAACUUCGGUGUCUACUAUGAUGGCUACAACAUGGAAAAGGAUCAGCCAGAAGAGAGGAAACAGCUGAACGACACAUUGGAUGCCAUCAGGGACAGCAUUCAGAAACUGCAGGUCCAUGUCUUCCACAUGUGGAGGUUCUACAACUUUGCCCGCAUGAGGAAAGGGGCUGACUCCUUCCUCCUCGAGUCCAACUACCACUAUGUCAACUGGUGGUCGAUGGCUCAGAGCUGCGUCAUUGUCCUCUCUGGGGUCCUGCAGCUUUACUUCUUGAAGCGUCUCUUCAAUGUGCAGAGCUCUGGGAAGCCGAGGUGCUGACAGCUCCCUGACACAGCACAGCCCACAGGAGCCCCACCUGCACUCACCUGCAGCAGUGACUGAGGGGCUUGCCUGCACCUCUGCAUCAGCCCCUCUGCUUCCCUC